UGUGGCCCCACCCCGCUGUCUGCACGGCUGUUGGUGAACACGGAACUGCUGUUUACGCUGCGCUCCAUCUCUGCAGAGACGGGAGGGGAGACGGCCCCUGAAACGCCGAAGACACUAUCAUUUUGGACUGACUGGCGUUUGUGUCAACACUGACGAUGUUUCGCUUGCGGGCGUUGUCCGCCGUUUCAGUGGGGCUAGCGCAGUUGUCCCGGCGCUACCACAGUGGGGCAGUGCGAGGGUCUGGCCGGAGGAGGCUAAUGUUGGCAGCCCUUGCUGGGGUAACUGGUGUUUCUGCUACUACUGGGCUGCUCUGGAAAAGAGCAUAUGCAGAUGCAGGGCCUUCUGUUCGACACACUGAGCCCUCACCGGAUGGAGAGGCGGCUGACUUUGUAAGGGAUGCAGAUUCUGAGACAGAGACAGAGAAGUCGGUGGAGGCCAGCAGUGGAGACGAAGACGCAAAUGAAGGUGGUGAGGGGAAAAAAAAGAAGCCACGCUCUGGAUUCCGUGACCGCAAGGUGAUGGAGUAUGAGAACAGGAUAAGAGCCUACUCAACUCCAGACAAGAUUUUUCGCUACUUUGCCACGCUGAAGGUCAUCGGUGAGCACGGAGACACUGAGGUUUACAUGACGCCCCAGGACUUCAUCCGCUCCAUCACACCUAACGAGAAGCAGCCUGAAAAUCUCGGCCUGGAUCAGUUCAUUCUGAAGCGCUAUGAUGGAAAGAAGAUCGCCCAGGAGAGGGAGAAGUUUGCAGAUGAGGACAGUAUCUUUUACACAUUGGGAGAAUGUGGCCUUAUCUCCUUCUCUGACUACAUCUUCCUUACCACUGUGCUGUCCACUCCCCAGAGGAACUUUGAGAUUGCUUUCAAGAUGUUUGAUCUGAACGGUGAUGGAGAAGUGGAUCUGGAGGAGUUUGAACAGGUCCAGAGCAUCAUUCGUUCUCAGACCAGCAUGGGCAUGCGACACCGUGACCGCUCCACCACAGGAAACACCCUGAAGACAGCUGGCUGCAGCUCUGCCCUCACCACCUACUUCUUUGGAGAAGACCUGAAGGGAAAACUCACCAUCGGCAGCUUCCUGGAGUUCCAGAGGAUGCUGCAGCAUGAUGUGCUCAAACUAGAGUUCGAGAGGAACGAUCCUGUGAACGACAGAAUCACCGAGCGACAGUUUGGGGGCAUGCUGCUGGCCUAUAGCGGUGUCCAGUCUCGUAAACUCAAGCUGAUGCAGAAGGGCUUGAAGAAGAUGUUUAAGGAUGCACAGGGCAUCACAUUCGAGGAGGUGGAGAAUUUCUUUACUUUCCUAAAGAACGUGAACGACGUGGACACAGCCCUGAGUUUCUACCACAUGGCCGGAGCCUCCAUAGACAAAGUUACCAUGAAGCAGGUGGCUCGCACCGUAGCCAAAGUGGAGCUGUCAGAUCACGUGUGUGAUGUGGUGUUCGCUCUGUUCGACUGUGACGGGAACGGAGAGCUCAGUAAUCGGGAGUUCAUAGCCAUUAUGAAGCAGCGGCUCAUGAGGGGGCUGGAGAAACCAAAGGACAUGGGUUUCACUCGGCUGGUGCGCGCCAUGUGGAAGUGCGCCCAGGAUACCGCCUGGGACUUUGCCACACCAAAGACAUAAUAGAGACGGGAGGUGAUGUGUGAGCAGCAGAGAAAGACAGCAUGUGAAUAAAGCAAGAACACCAGUAGCUUCAAAGACAUUCUCCUCCAACAGGUCUUGACAAUUUAAAGAGGCAAUUAAUGCAAUGAACUCAUUAGGACUGCAGCUCUGAGAGGCAUCAUCAAUCAUUAACGCAUGUCGCUGUUGCUCAGAUUGUCGAUAUAGUGACUGAAGCAUGCUGACGCAGCGCAUUGAUCCUGAAAGGAUUCUCUAGUAUGCCUGUCUGAGGCAUCAUGGGUGUUUGUACAUUUUGAAAUAUACAUGUUUAUUUUUGCCACAUGCUAGAGAGGAAUGCUGAGUCCGCAGGUAACUGUGUGACACUUUGUCAGACUCUAAAAACAAUAAGUUAUAUCUGCAUUAAACACAUUUUACUGCAAAAGCAAGAAGUGGAAUCAGUCUUAUUUGAUGUGCCGCUGUAUAAAUGCCACAGUAUGUCUGUUCUAUACUGACAACAGACCUUUAGUUAUUUCUUUGGUGGGACGGAGAGCAAAAGUCUGAUCUUGUUAGAAGCUUUUAUUUCAGUCCACAAGCUCCAGCUGCAUCUUUACCCCUAUCAUUUUGUCCCAUGAAAGAUCAAUGAUGCUUGUCUAGCUCUACAAUGUGUACUGUUCAAAGUGUGUAUUCUUCUAAUUAUUAUUGCCCACUGAAACACUUUAUAUAAGAUGGAUGUUAAAUGAAAUGCUCUAUUAAAGAUGUUUUUAAUAACGUAAAA